CUUCCCGGUGGGAGGACCCUAUAUAACCCACCACGACCUACUUCCGCAGCUCAUUCACUAGUUGCUAGCCUCCCGGGACACACACACCAUCCAAAUGUUGUCGCGGGUGAUCGUGAUGGUGGUGACACUGGCUGCGGCUGUCACGGCUGCCUCUGUCGGGGAGGAGGCGACGGCAGCGGCGGCGGCGGCGGAGUCCAACAGAGACUCCAAAUUUUUACCAGUGAUGCAGAUCAUCACCUUUGAGAAUGGUCCGUGUGAAGCGUCGAGCGGAGAGCACGGAACCUGUUAUAGCCAGAAGGAGUGUGAUGGUCUAGGGGGUGCAGCGUCGGGAACCUGCGCUAAUGGCUUUGGUGUCUGCUGUGUCUUACAGGUGACGUGUGAUGGUUGGAGUGAACAAAAUGGUAGCUACUUCGUCAACCACGCCUACCCGCCUCCACCUCCACCCCCCCGGCAUGUGUAUGGUGGAAUCACCCCUCCUACUGGUACGUGUCAAAUUCUGCUGGAGUUUGAGGACUUCGAUAUGGUGGGGCCGCUAAGGGGAGACUGUACCAAUGACACGUUUGUGGUGCUGGGAGCCAACCAGGGCAGCAACAUCCCUACUCUGUGUGGAAUAAACACUGGCCAACACAUGUACUUAGAUAUAGACAACUCUGAUGGGCCGUUUAAGCUAGUGUCAACAAUGUCAGCCUUCAACUAUAUGCGACGGUGGAAGAUCAAGGUGACGUUCAUAGACGAGAAGCACCCGUGCAAGACGCCCUUCCGCUGCCUCCAGUACUUUACGGAACCCACCGGCGCAUUCUCCUCCUUUAACUUUGGUGGCUCUCCUUCCCAGAUGCUCAACGGACAGAUGUACUCCAUCUGCUUUGGCUACGUGCCCGGGUACUGCGACAUUGGUAUCAACUACAACAGAUACGACUUGGGCAACAUCAACGGGGACUGUGGGAACGACUACACUGCAAACGCGGGAGACAAACUAUGCGGUGACUUCCUUACCACGACCAGCCAGUUGAACGCUACGGGGCCCAUAAGUUUGACUGUUUUCACCGACGACAACAACGAGAGGGAAGAGGAAGGUUUCUCCGCCGCCUACAUGAUGAUGGCGUGCUAGUGAUAUCCAUCGCCCUACCCACCUUCACUCCCGAUCCUCUCACACUCAUGUGCGAGGUGACGUAUUGGCCACUCUUGCACAAGACCCUGUGUGUUGCACUGUUCUUCACAGAGUAGAAGUGUAGAGCAGGGAACAUCUUGGUGCUGUCACGCCACGCUUAUCUAGUGUGGACUCUCACAAAAUUAAAGGCUACACUACACACCCUACAUGCUAAGCUUCACGAUCCAGCUAAAUAUGUGUUGGACUCUACAGCCUUGCAGUGCAUGUGCAUGAUUGUGCUAUCAUGGCUGGUGUAUGUGAGAGUGGAGGAGCACAUUGGGUGUUGAGGAUGGGUCUGGAGGGAGGUGCGGUUUGGUGUGGGCAGCACCAUUCUCAUCUUCAUAUGACCACCGGCCCCUGUAAUACAGGAGUCGCACCAACUUAUCCAGUGUAUAAUAGUGUAAAAUAUGUGGGCAGCAAGAGACAUGUAUAGCACUGUACAGAAACUAUUUAUUAUUAAGAUUAUUUUGUAUCGAGUCAAGCGUGAAUCAAGUGACGUGUGCGAGUAAAUGUGAAUAUAGCGAUUUAUUUAUAAGUAUCUAAUAAUUUAUUUAUAAGUUAUUUAUAUAAUUAUUUAAAUGUCAACAAUGAUCCUCAGGGCAAUUAAUGGCAAGAUAAAAACACGAGCGAUGACGUCACAGCUCGCUGUAUCGAGACAAUUGUUCAAUAAAUGAAAAUAACAACUUA